ACCGUUCGACGGAUAAACGUUUACAUAGACCUUGUCUACAUCGAUCUUCAGUUCCAAUAACCGCAAUCCUCUCUUUUCCCUUCGUCGUGGCAGCACUAGUCUAUGUAGCACAAUAUCACCAGCAGUAAUCAUUAUAAUUUUCAAAAUGCUUUACAUAUUUUGAUUCCGUUAACGAUCAGAAACAAAGGUCUUUUAACACCAAUGAUAUUUGUUGUAUUUCAAAGACAGUUGACGAAAAAGAAGGAAGUCUAGUGUUGACAACCAAAUAAACCAUAGGAGUGGUACUUGGCGAAAGUUGGAGUGCCGUUAAAGGGUCCGCCACACUUUUCAUUAAUACUACUACUACAACUACUAUCUCCACUGUUGUUGUUGUAGCGACUGGCCUGUCUUUCGGUAACUACUACUUGCUUAGCUUGUUACAGAAUUGUGAACGUCUUGUUUGAGUUCCGUAAGUGCUUAUACCUAGUACCGACUGCAUACCUGCUCAUACAGGAAAAUUCUCAGGAGUAAAUACACCGUUCCCAGUACACAAUGUCACUUUAUGAUGACAUUGAUACAGACAAGGCAUCUGUUGCUUCAGGAUGGGCCUCUGGGAUCAAACUUAUGCAUAAUCAGCUUGCAUUUAAAAAGGCUACAAUCACUACUCCAAAACGUGAUCAAGCAAGACGAGCUGCUGGUACCAAACUUGCACCAGUUAUUGACCUCAAAUCAAGAAGGGAGGAGGAUGAGAAUACAGCACAGGCAUUGCUGUACAUGCAGGGACAAAAGGAGUAUGGUCGAAGUAACUCGGGAGGUUCUGGUUAUGUGGGUUCCAGUGAUCCCGAAUGGAAGUUUAUUAAUGAAUAUGAUCCAUUGUGGCCAAAUGAUUAUGAAAAAGUUGUUAAAGACAUGAGGGAAAGAAGAGACCGUGAAGAAGAAGAAAAGAGAAAAAAGGAAAGGGAUGAUAGGGACAGGAAAAGAAGAGACAGGAAUGUUGUGGAAGAGACUUCAGGCUUUUCACGUUUAAGGGAACCAGAGGAAGAGGAAGAAGAAGAAGAACGUCCAAGGAGGAGCACAGUUGCAGGUGCAGCCAUUGCACCUCCACCAUCAUUAGGCUCAGAAGAAAUGCCUAAAGGUACAAAUUUCAGUGGAGUUGGCAGUUCCGUUGCAGCAAAGAUUAUGGCCAAAUAUGGUUUCAAGGUAUGUUUGGUGAAAUUAGACUUAUUUACUUCAUUAAAAAAAACUUUUCCACUCCAGUUGCUUAGCAUUUUGAAGGAGUGUGGGCUUGCAUAGUUCAAGAACUUUGAU